GUUCGGGGGUGAGGGUGGGGGUGGACUGGGCUUUUUCAAGCCCUUGCUUUGUAUUCAACAGUGUAAGGAGCCUGGCAUGUGGACAACAUGCACUGCUUUCUGUUACCUGCCCUUUACAUUGCUUCCGUUGCUGCGGCUUCGCCCGCCCGGUCCCUCCUUCCCACAAUUAUGUAUGAUCGAGCUCCACGCUUGCUUAGAUUGGCUGAAGGUGGCAGCACUGAGGAGCAUGUGGGUCCUGGAUCCUACCAGGUACCUUUCCUGAAGCAGCAGGCAACAGGUGGCUGUGCACCAUUCCUUUCUUUGGCUGCCAGAGAAAGUACUUUUGCUGUUGCCUCUAACACUGAGAAAGCUGUUCCAGGACCAGGACACUAUAAUGUCUCAGAAGCACAGUAUAAUAUAAAAGGAGGUCAUAGUCUACAAAACCGGGAGAGGCGUUUUAAGAAGUUUGUUUCAGAUAGUCCGGGACCAGCAAGCUAUGACCAGUUUUAUCCUGGAACAUUAGAUGUCAUGAAUAGAAAAGCACUACAGGUUAAAGAGCAUCUUCAAUCAAAAAUUUCAAGGGCACCACCUACAGUUUCCAGAAGUGUUGAUGUUCCUUCAAUUCCUUCUUGUGGAUGCUCAUAUGGUUAUGAUAUUAAUGAGGAUGGCAGUAUUAUAAAACAUUCUCCACCUGCUAGUGACAGUACACUAGGUCCAGCAUACUAUAAACCUCAAUUUGAUUUUUCCAAAGCAACUUUGAAAUACAAGGGGAUACAUUUUGGCAACUCUUUGGGAAGACUUGAGUUACCUAUAAAGUCAGGGCCUGGUCCUGGACAGUAUGAUAUAAUCCAGAAAAAGAAACCUCAUUAUGAAAAUAUUAACAUCAAGAAAGAUAAACAACGAAAUUAUUGCUUAAAUCUCCCACGAUUUUAUGAAGUAAUAAUAUUGCAGGAGGAAAAAAAGGGAGUACCAGGACCUGGAAAAUAUGACAUUAAAAGUCAAUUUCAGAAGGCUGAAAGUAUGAUACCAAGUGUAAAUGAUGCAUCACCUGCUUUUCUUUCUCAAUCCCAGAGAUUUGUACCUAUGAAAUCAAUCACUCCAGCUCCUGGCACAUAUAAUGAAUCUCGAACUGCUUUCAAUUCCUUGAAGAAGACACCAACACUGAAAAGUACCGCAUUUGGUCAAAGUGCUGCUCGAUUCACACAGGACUCCAGGACAGAGGAAAUGCCAGGUCCUGGGUUUUAUAAUAUCCUAAACAAUACUGUAAUCGACAACUUUAGCAAUACCUGCUUGAAGAAACAAAAGAGAAGUGCAUUUGGUUCUUCUGUUCCUCGGACUCUCUCCCUGGUUCAGAAAGAAGCUUUUACUGCUCCUGGUCCUGUUGAUUAUCAGGUUGGUGGAAUUUCUGAUGAACUACCUGACUUGACUAACCGCUAUGCUGCUUUCUUAUCAAGAACACAAAGAUCUACUAAACUGUCAGAUAUGGAUAUUCCAGCACCUGGCAGCUAUGAUGUUCAAAAAUCAUAUGAGAUGUCCCAAGUUCAACAUAAAUUCAUGCCACCUCGUAGUUUUGUGGCUAAACUGAAACAUGCCUCCUUUCUUAGCACAACUCCUCGAUUCCUAGAGAAAAUGACUGAUGGUCCAGGGCCUGCAACAUAUGAUCCUGUUUUAAGGAAAUCUUGCUCCAUACCCUUAUUUGUUAAAGCAUCAAAGCGUUUUAAAGAUUCCAAAGAGAUUACUCCUGGUCCAGCAACAUAUGAGCCUUAAUUGAAGCCCACAUGUGAAUUGCAUCUUCUGCUGCAUGCUAGCUCCUUCUGCCUGAAUACGCAGAAAUCAUCAUAAAUCCUAAGUUGCCCUCUG